GUGCGAGCUGUUAGGCAGAAUCGCUCGCGCUCCACUUUAUGAAUGGAUGUGAGUGGCGCUGUAGUGUCAGCGUCAUUGUCGUCACGCUGUUAAUAGGCGCGGGCGUUCGUCAGUGGACUUGACAGGACAGCAAGUGGACAGCAUAUGACAGCAGCCAGAGCGAGACAGAGUCGGGCAUUAGGGGCAAAAGGCGACUGGACGCGAUUCGGCGUGACAAACUCAAAAGGGCGAGACAGAAAACUCGCAUCAGCACCACGCCAGCACACUUCGUCUGGUCUGUUUGGAAGAGACUCCGAACCGAACAGAACUGUUGGCCUGUAUCUAGGCUACUGUCCCUCCCAAGAAUUUUGGGCUGUCCCAGCUCGAUGACUAACUCCUUUUUCUUUUAUCUUUAUGGAAGGACACAAAACUGUAUGCUUUUGUAGAAGGCAGUGAGCACUUUACUGACGCGCGUAACCCGAACGAUUCACAAGGCGAAAUCACAAGGGCCCUCUCCAUGGAUAUAGACACAGAUUAUGAGCGACCUAAUGUGGAGACCAUAAAGUGUGUGGUGGUGGGUGAUAACGCGGUGGGCAAGACCCGACUGAUCUGUGCCCGUGCCUGCAAUACCACCCUUACUCAGUACCAGCUGCUUGCCACCCACGUGCCAACUGUCUGGGCCAUCGACCAAUACCGUGUGUGCCAGGAGGUGCUGGAGAGGUCACGAGAUGUGGUGGACGAGGUCAGUGUCUCCCUCAGGCUGUGGGACACAUUUGGAGAUCAUCACAAAGAUAGACGCUUCGCUUAUGGCAGAUCAGAUGUGGUAGUGCUGUGCUUCUCUUUGGCCAAUCCGAACUCCCUGCGCCAUGUUCGCACCAUGUGGUUCCCUGAGAUCAAGCACUUCUGCCCCCGUACCCCGAUCAUCCUGGUGGGCUGCCAGCUGGACCUGCGCUAUGCUGAUCUGGACGCUGUUAACAGGGCUCGCCGGCCUCUGGCCAAACCCAUCAAGCCCACAGACAUUCUUCCCCCAGAACGAGGCCAUGAGGUCGCUAAGGAACUUGGCAUUCCAUAUUAUGAAACAAGCAUCGUCGCUCAGUUCGGUGUAAAGGAUGUGUUUGACAAUGCUAUCCGUGCUGCGCUCAUCUCUCGACGCCACCUUCAGUUCUGGAAGUCCCAUCUAAAGAAGGUUCAGCGUCCCCUCCUCCAGGCCCCCUUUCUUCCUCCCAGACCACCACGACCUGUGGUGGGCAUCCCUGAUCCUCCUUCCAUUGAUGGAGAAGGUCCAGACUCUCUUUUCUGCCAACCGUUGUGUGCAGACGUCCUGUUUCUCCUGCAGGCCGGGGCCACUCAUGUCUUUGCCCAUAAGGUGUACCUGGCCACUUCCUGCUCAAAGUUCUAUGACCUUUUCACUAUGGAUCUUGGAGAGGCAGGGAUGGAGCAGGAGGGUGAGGAGAGCUCAGAGGGAAGCGAGGAAGAGGAACAAAGCCGAAGAGGAGCCAAAGAGCAGGCUGGGCGUACCAAGAGCCUGGACAUUGAUAAGGAGGGUGAAGGAGGCACUAGGGGUUCAGAUAGGCUGCUCAUGUUACUGCAAGGCUCACUGAGGACUUCACAGAGCGAUAACGCUCUGCCUGCCAGGGGCCAGCCCUCUAUAGGACCCCUGGGAGCAGGCCGUGCUCUUUUGGGAUGGGGGCGUGGUUUCUUGGGGGUAUACCUAGAGAUGGUGGAUGACCCUGUGACAGGUCGGCCGAGACUCAUGACAGUAGUGUCAAUGGAUGAUCUUAUUCAGAAAGGGCCUUUCCAGGCAGUGCUGCAGUACCUUUAUACGGGUCACCUGGAUGAGACACGUGGGGAUCUGAUGCAGGUGGCCACCAUCGCCGAGCUUCUGGAGGUCUUCGACCUUCGUAUGAUGGUGGCCAACGUCCUGAACCGUGAGAGCUUCAUGAACCAAGAGAUCACCAAAGCCUUCCAUGUGCGUCGUGCCAACCGCAUCAAAGAGUGCCUGAGCAAGGGCACCUUUGCUGAUGUGGUGUUUCGAUUGGACGACGGAUAUCUGCCAGCCCACAAGCCACUGCUCAUCUCAAGCUGUGAUUGGAUGGCAGCCAUGUUUCGUGGAUCCUUCAUGGAGAGUUACAUUGAGGAGGUCUCUAUCCCCAACACCAGUUGUGCCUGCAUGAGAGCCGUUCUGGAGUUUCUGUACUGUGGUGUGUUAACACCUUGUCUUGAACUGGAGCCAAUGGACCUUAUAAUACUAGCCAACCGCCUCUGUCUUCCCCGCCUUGUAGCUCUAACAGAGCAACAUGCCGUUGAGGAGCUGUUGCAGUUGUCCGUUAAAGGGGUGGACGUUGAUGGCCAUGUGCUGGCCUAUCUGGAGAUGGCUCAGUUCCACAAUGCCAAACAGCUCUCUGCCUGGUGUCUGCAUCACAUCUGCACCAACUACAAUAGCGUUUGUCGAAAAUUCCCUAAAGAUAUGAAGACUAUGUCUCCUGAAAACCAGAAACACUUUGAGAAGCAUCGCUGGCCCCCUGUCUGGUUCCUGAAGGAGGAAGACCGCUACCUCCGUUCUCAAAAAGAGCGAGAGCGCGAGGAGGAGAUCUUACGCAAGCAGCACACCAAACGCGGCUGGUGCUUCUGGAGACAUCCAUCCUCCUCAGCACCCCACAUUUCCUGAAGGUCUGCCUACAUCCAUCCAUUCAAACCCCCUGUACCCCUCUCCC